CACACGGUGCCGUAAAGUGUAGUCGGUGAAGUCAACAUGUGCAGAGCUGAGUAACUAAAUAAACGCCUGAUGGAGAACUACUCGAAGGCUCGGACGGUGGAGCAUCCACCUGUUUGUCCAUUCUCUGGUCUUCCCUCUGACACCCCUGAGGUCCGGGUCAAAGAUGGCAGCAAGAUCCGUAACCUGCUGCGUUUCGCUCUGAGUCGCAUGGAGGUGAAAACCAACACAGUAGAGGGUGAAGGACCGCCCACUGUGGAGGAAGCCGGUGUGGAGCAACAGAAAGAAUCGCAGAGCAGACAGAUCGUGUUCACAGCGAAUGGAAAAGGUGUUUCCAAAGCCAUCACAUGUGCUGAGAUAGUGAAGCGGCGAGUGAAGGGGCUGCACCAGCUGACAAAGCUGCUGUAUAGCACAGUGGAGGAAGUGUGGGAGCCUCUGGAGCCCACAGCUGGACUGGACAGUCUGACAGUCAGCAGGAACCUGCCCUCCAUCUGGAUCCUCCUUUCCACUGAACCACUGGACCAAGGACAGCCGGGAUACCAGGCCCCGGGUCGAUAUGAUUCCCUUUGGGCCCAGAGUGGCAACAGAGAGGAGGGUGGAGGGGCCAGUGGACAGAGGGUGGGGCAUCGGAGGAAGAGAGGAGGAGGAGGAGGAGGAGGAGGAGGGGGCAGCAGCAGGGGGAAAGGAGCAUCGAACCGACAGACUGGACGACCGAGAGAGUCCUCUAAAGGACAGAGUUAGUUUAGUGUUGAGAGGUGGAUGUAAUAAGACUGAACUCAAGCAAGACACGUUUGUUGUACGUCUGAAGAGGAUAUUUUGUUUUGUUUUGUUUUUUCUUCUCAGAGAUGAGCUUCCUGGGUUUACUUUUACACCUGGUAAAUUCUGAGUUGUGACAUAAAAUAAGUGAAUUAAAGUACUUUUAUUUGGUUUAACUGAAAAUGUUAUAGUCAGUAUCAUCAUUUAUUUAACAGUGAAUACAUUGAUGAACACCAGAGGUCUAUACAGCAAAUGCAGAAACAAUUUAGGGCUCAGUAUCAAAUGUUCAUACUUACUUAAACAUGUCUUCUUGUUAAGUGCCAAACUUGAAGAGAUUAAGUGUGUAUCUCAUCUGUGUUGCUGCAGCAGCAUGGACAGACAGCUUUUAUAAAUUUUUUUAUUAAUGAUAAUACUUCAAGUGGUUGUAAAACUGUAUUGAUGUAGAAAGAUGUCACUAAGUUAAAAUUAAAGAGCUGAAAUAGAUACUGAGGUUAUAGCAAACAUUUAAGUCACAUGAUUGAUCCGCUGACUCAUCAGCUGUUUGCCAAAUAUUCCCAGAUAUUUGCGGUAAAGUGGAAAGCUUAUUGUGUGAUAGGUCACCUCGACUGAUGAGAUGAAUUAUUGUUCUGUCUCAUCC